AUGUGCUAUCUUGCAGGUUGGCACAACAGAGGCGACAGAAAGAACAGCUUUAUGGCUCCCAAAAAGGCAAAGAAGAAGACAGAAGGGGGAGCUGGCUCCAACGUGUUCUCCAUGUUCGACCAAUCCCAGAUCCAGGAGUUCAAAGAGGCCUUCACCAUCAUGGAUCAGAACCGGGAUGGCUUCAUUGAUAAGAAUGACCUGAGAGACACCUUUGCUGCCCUGGGUCGUCUCAAUGUCAAGAAUGAAGAGCUGGAAGCCAUGGUGAAGGAGGCUCCUGGUCCCAUCAACUUCACCGUCUUCUUGACCAUGUUUGGUGAGAAGCUGAAAGGCACAGAUCCAGAAGAGACCAUCCUGCAUGCUUUCAAGAUUUUUGAUGUUGAAGGAAAAGGUUUCCUUAAGGCAGACUUCAUCAAAGAAAGGCUCAUGACACAGGCAGACCGGUUCAGCGAGGAGGAGAUCAAACAGAUGUUUACAGCUUUCCCUCCAGAUGUGCGUGGCAAUCUCGAUUACAAGAACCUGUGCUAUGUCAUCACCCAUGGUGAUGAGAAAGACUAGGUGGAGGAAGAAAGCCCCCAGUGUCUUCUCUGGAAGCACUUAGUGGCAAAGGUGAAAGGGAUGAGGAAGCUUCUACCGGAGAUAGAGAGAAGAAGAGUCUCCCCACUGGCAUGUGGCUCAUCCAAAAAGAACCAAAAAUAAUAAUUAAAAAAUGGA